AAAAAAAGGUGAACUGAAAGGUCUGUCUAGAGUCUUCUUCUAAUAUCACCCUUCUGCAACAAACACACUACACACACUACACAGCAGCAUAACAGUGCAUUCGAGCUCCGCUUUAAUGGAGGAAUUACACAAGGCACUGAAAGAUCAAGGUAUAAGAAUUUCGACGCUUCCAGGAAAAAGGUCGCUGCCUUUUCACCACCCGUGCUUUUUCCCCAGGGGAAGUGAUUAUAAGUCAGAGUCCAUAUGUUGCAGUUCCAAUAAAAGAUGAAGAAUCGCCUGAAUCAAAGUGCGAGUGGUGCUUUUCGUCGAGCAGCAUCAAGGCAUGCUCUGCUUGCCGUGCUGUUUGGUAUUGCAGCAGAGAAUGCCAGAGAUCGGACUGGAUGCUUCACCGUGUUGAAUGUAAAGCGUCGAAAAUCGUUACGGAAAUGAUGAAACCUCUAACGCCAGUGAUGCGAUUGUUGGUGAAACUGUAUAUAAGGCGUAAGCUAGAAAAUGAGAAGAUCUUUCCGGCUACUGCCACAGAUAAUUACAAGCUUGUGGAGGCCUUGGUUUCUAACAUAUCUGAACUCGACGUGGAACUAUUGUUAUUGUCUGCCCAGAUGGCUAAACUUGUCAGUUCGGCACUUCAGUUGCCUGAUUCUGAGAUCAAUAUGAAAGAGAUUGUUGAAAACUUCGGCAAGAUAUCGUGCAAUUCACAUAGUAUUGAUAACAGUGACCUGAAGUUUGUUGGGACAGGGCUCUACCCUGUCAUUUCUUUCACAAAUCACAGCUGCGCACCCAAUUCUUUUGUAGUAUUUGAGGGAAGAUUGGCGGUGAUGCGAGCUAUGCAGCAUAUGCCAAAAGAUACCGAGGUGUUGACAAGUUAUAUAGAACUUUCUGACAGCACUAUGACACGGCAGAAGUUUCUUAAAGAGAAGUAUUGCUUCACUUGUUCUUGUUCUCGCUGCAUAAAAUUGGGACAACCUGAUGAUAUUCGAGAAACUGCGAUCGUGGAAGGUUAUUGGUGCAAGAAAAGCGAUUGUGAUGGAUUUCUCCUUUGUGGCUCCGAUAAUAAAGGGUUUGUAUGCCAGAAGUGUGGGCUUGUUCGAGACAACAAAGAAAUAAGUACCAUCACUAAUGAACUGAAAUGUAUUUCAGACAAAGCUUCCAUCUCCCUUUCCUUUGGUCAUACAACCGAGGCAAGUGUGGCGUAUAAGAGGGUCGAGGAACUUGAACUGAAGUUGUACCAUCCAUUUUCAAUCAGUAUUAUGCGAACCCGAGCGAAACUUCUAAAGAUAUCGAUGGACCUGGACGAUAUGGAAGGAGCACUAUUAAAUAUCAGAUCGAUAAUUCAGAUUUACGAGAGAGUGUAUCCAAAAUGGCACCCUUUAAUCGGAGCGCGUUGCUAUUUAUGCGGACAAAUUGAAAUGGAGCUGGGAUAUAUGGUAGGGGCAAUUGAGUCUUUGACUAAAGCUUAUAACGUAUUCCGAAUCACUCAUGGAACAAAUUCACCUUUGACAAUGAAAAUUACGAGUAAGUUGGCGGAAGCUCGUGCAAAGGCUUUGGCUUCGUUCGGGCGGAUGAAGAUUUAAUUCGAGUGGAAUAUACCCUUUUGAAAAAGAUUCUCUCCGAAUUUACUACAUUACAUAUUUUGCAUAUAAUAUGAUCUCGUGAUUUUGGAACCGUUGUGAUUUUGAAUUUCGACCGGAAAGUUUUGCAUUCGCCCGUAAACCAUUUUGGUAAUGGAGCAGUAGAAAUGGUCGUUUUUUUGUUUGACCUCGGUAAAUUUUGUAAACUACAUUGUUCACUUAAUAUUACUUUCAAACAUGUCUAUGAUUG